GUUGCCUCGUCUGCUUUGUCUGCCAUCAGAAAGCGUUCAGUUGCGAGUGCGGAUGCUUCCGAUUCGGCUGAGAUUUCGAAUUUACCCCAUCGAUGAGCAGCGACAGGGCAUGUUGUGUAUGGAAUGACAACCUCCCAGAGAUACGCUGAAUCCAAACCAGCUGCCCGGUUUGCUGACAUGGAAUGGCUGGUGACACAACCUGUGUCGGAGAAGUUUCGGAGUAGUUUUGGCUGCCGGCCUGGAACGUCUAACAGUGGGGACACUGGUCUUGGCACCCCGGCAUCGGACAGCACAGAAGAUUUCUGCAGUUCCAGGAGCAGCCCCGCUUUCCAACCCAUUCGCAGUCAGAUCCCUAUACCGACAGCACAUGUCAUGCCAUCCACGGCCGGAGCCUCGGCCCCAAAGCCCCAGGCAAAUGUCCAGGAGGACUCUCUGUCUUCUGUGGAGGCUAACAGGUCUUCCUCGAUGUCUCGGGCCUCGAGUGGCUCCACCUCCAAAUCGUCCUCUCUUUCCAAGUCGGCGUCAUCUCCCAAUCUGGAUGCUCAGACCGCAAUGGGAAGCAACCCUGCUGGGUUGAAGCCAGACUGCUUGAGCCGGUAUCGAAGCCUCGUCAAUGGGCUGGAUCACUCGCUUUUCCCCACAGAUCAAAAAUUUGACACGCCCGCUGUGGAACCUACCCUCAAUCAGUCGGUCCUGUUGGGGGGCUUAACCCCUGAUGUCAGACUUCGAUUACAGACCACAGGGAUUAGAGACAACCCAGACUGUAUGUCGUCGGAGGCUUACAGAGGAGGUAUGGAUCACAGCUAUAAAGUUCUUCCUGAGGCCAGGCCUUCCGUUCCCAUCCCCGGUGACUCGUCCAUUCCAAGGCCUGGUGGCGCUGGACCUACUGGUGUUUAUGCAAGCCCACUGAGCCUGCAGACGCAGGCUCUCUUGAGGGAGCACACGGGAACCAAAGCUUACGAUCCGUUACGCCAGGACAGAUGUGGUGAACUACCAAGCUGGCAGCAACAUCAUAAGCAGCAGAUGGAGAGUUUACGUCUGCACGUAGAACAAAUGCAGAUGAGUGCUGGAGUGGGCCCGUACCCGUCUUUGUAUCCAGCAGCCAUGCACACAGAUCCUGGCAAGUUGGACGCUCUGAUAAAAGCCAACGAAGGUCUGCUAAAGGAGAAGGAGCUUAUAAUAGAGCGACAAAAGCAGCAUAUGACUCAGCUGGAACAGCGUUUGAGGGAAAGCGAGCUGCAAGUCCAUGGAGCCUUCCUGGGCCGAGGCGCUCCCUUUGGGGAUAUGUGUUUGCUACGCUUGCAGGAAGCGCAGCGAGAGAACACGUUCCUGAGGGCACAGUUUGCAGAGCGUACAGACUGCGCCGCCCUGGAAAAGGCGGAGGCCGAACGUAGGCUGGGCGCAGUGGAAGCUGAGACGAGGCGGCUGACUGACAGCCUGAAAGAAACGUGUGAGAGGCACACAGAAGAGAUGAAGAAACAGGAAGAGAGGAUCCGGAGUAGAGACAAGCAUAUCAACAACUUGAAGAAGAAGUGUCAGAAAGAGAUGGAUCUCAAGCGAGAGAACCAGCAGCGUAUUGAGACACUGGAGCGCUACCUUGCCGACCUGCCCACCAUGGAGGACUACCAGAGCCAGAACAAGGAGCUUCAGGACGCCGAGCAACAAGCAGCUCAGCUCCAAGAGAAAGUAAAAGAACUGGAGGCCUCUUUAGACGCGACACGCUUCCAACUACGGGAGAAGGAUGCCCAGCUGGAGGAGCAGAAGCGAAGGGAGAGAGACCUGCUGACCACUAUUACAGAGAUGCAACAGCGGGUGCAACAGGGCCUUGAAGAUGGAGCCCGACUUCCCUCGCUGGACAUGGAGAAACUCAGAGGAGAAAACAUCACUUUAAGAGAGGAGCAGCAGCGACUCAAAAAGGUUAUUGAGAAGCAGCACAUGAUGAUGGAGCAGCUCAGCUCUCAGAUCCAGGCUUUGGAGGUGCAGAUGUCCGAGGAAGAGAACACUUCCCAGGCUCUGAGAGAGGACGUGUUGGCCAAAGAGCAAAACAUGUCUGAGCUCCACGUAGCCAUGAAAGAGCUCUCUGCCCAAAACCAGGAACUUUUGGAGCAGAAUCUGACCCUGCAGGAGCAGAUGAGCGAGUCGGAAUCAAGGACCGCCAGCCAGGCGUCCUCCACGCUGCAGCCAGCUGGUGCCCGCCUGACGCAGAGGCUCCACAAGGAGAUCGCUACCUGCCUCAGUGACCUGCGCUCCCUGUGCAGCAUUUUGACCCAAAGGGCUCAGGGAAAAGACCCCAACCUCUCACUGCUGCUUGGCCUCACAACACCCAUACCAGUGUCGGAGCAGGACGAGGACUGGAUGAAUCCAGAUGUGCUCCACAAGAAGCUGCUUGAAGCGCAGCAGCUGCGUGGCGACGUGGAAGAGUUACGGAACGUGAUACUGGACCGCUACGCCCAAGACAUGGGUGACACCUGCAUCACCCAAUAACCUCCAUCGCACCUCAGGAGCAUCUCAGACAUAAAUCAGGAUGUGAAGCAAAGGAAAGCCCUCAUCAUUUGGUGUGUGUGUGUGUGUGUUUGUGUGUGUCUUCCUACACAACCGUCCAAGGGCUAACGCAAAAAUAACUUACCUCUAAUACUUGAUCCUUGAAUAUUUUUUAUUUUUUUUAACGUGAUAGACGAUCAUUUACCAAACAUGUCUUAAACUUGUGUGUGAAAGUCCCCGAAAUCUUAAUUUAUUCAACUAUAGAUUUCCCUCUUUUGCGGGGGGAAAUGAUUGACAAACCGGUUGACAAUCAACUGAACAUACUGUUGUACGUGUUGCCAUAGCGAUGUUAGCACCGUGCCAUGAUUUUAGAAUGGCGAAGCGUGGAACAUCUGCUAUGCUCUAAGGAGGUAGAAGACUUGGAAGCAAAACCAGCACUCUUGACACCAUCAGGCCUUCAAACCUACCAAAGAAAGCCGGUCCUGAUGAUAAAAGUCCAAAUGUUAGUUAGCGAGUGCACCCCCUUCAAUUCCCAGCCGGACCUUUCCUGUAGACCUGCUUGUCCCUCAACACACCACCAAGGUGCCUUCCAGUCCUGUUCUUUCACUUUAGACCAAUCAAAGCUAGCUCUUCCAGUAUGACAUUUAGUCCAUAGUCCAUACAUUCCCUGUCUCUGAAUGUAGCAUGUAGCGUGUUCAAUGCUAGUACGGCGUUCAAUAAGAUGUUAGUUCCAUGUUUAUCUUUAAGGUUGACUCAUUGGUGACGUAUGACUAAGAACCAGUAUUACGUGCAGUAUUCAUGUGCCCCCCCAUAACAACAUUAACAAUAUGCUAAAGGUUCCAUGAAGUGUUAGUUCAACUGUUCAUCUUACUUCAGUCAAUUCAUGAUCUUCCCGAAUGAAAUAAGCCAUUUAAAGAAUACUUGACAUAUUUUUUUUUUUUUACACAAUUAUGCAACAAUAACCAGCAUACAAGCCAUUUCAUGGGACCUUUUUGACUUGAACUAGCACAAAAUGGAUCUUUGGAAAAAGUCAGGUUCUGCAUGCCUUAACAUCUCAUCUAAUUUCCAAAAAGGGAGAAAAUGUUUAUAUCUUCAUAUUUUUGUCCUUCUUUGUAUUUCCAGAUUUUAGAAAUAAAGAUGUUCAAUUGUA